ACGGCUGGGCACGGCUCGGCGGGGCCGGGCCGGCGCUGCCCGUCGGGGCGCCGUGCGGCGGGGGAGCCCCGCUCCGCCCCGCGCCGCCCGCCCCGCCCCGCAGCCGGCUCUUCUCUCCGCUGCAGCCGGGAUGGAGCCGCGGCGGGGCUGAGCGGCCGGGCCGGGCCGCGCCGGGCCGGGCCGGGGCCGGGAUGGACGGGCCGAGCGGGGGCUGCCCGCUGGCCGCCCCCGCCGCCCCGUCGCGGGCGAAGCUGCCGCUCGGCAUCGUCUUCUCGACGGCGCUCUUCUGCGGGGAGGGGGCGGCGGCCGCCGUCCUCUGCCUCUCCUACGACCACUCCGACGACCGCUUCUGGCUGGCGCUCACCAUCUUCUUCGUGCUCUGCCCCUCCGUCCUGGUGCAGCUCACGCUCAUCUUCGUGCACCGCGACCUCAGCCGCGACCGCCCCCUCGUCCUGCUCAUGCACCUGCUCCAGCUCGGGCCCCUCAUCAGGUGCGUGGAGGCCCUGGUGGUGUACUGCCGGUCGGGGAUGGAGGAGGAACCCUAUGUGACCAUCACCCGUAAGCGGCGGCUGCGGAAAGGCUACGAGGUGGAGAUGGAGCAGGAGGUGGGCCACUCGGUGCGCCGGCUGGCCACACACCGCAACGCCUUCAAGCGCAUGGCGGUCAUCCAGGCUUUCCUGGGCUCCACCCCGCAGCUUACCCUCCAGCUCUACAUCAGCGUCUUGGAGAAGUAUGUCCCUGUCACCCGAGCCAUCCUCAUGGGCAUCUGCCUGGUGUCGGUCACCUACGGAGCGCUUGUCUGCAACAUCCUGGCCAUCCAGGUCAAGUAUGAUGACUACAAGGUCCAGCUGCGGCCACUGGCCUUCCUUUGCAUUGUGGUGUGGCGCAGCCUGGAGAUCUCCACCCGCGUGGCUGUUCUCGUGCUCUUCAGCACCGUCUUCAAGCACUGGAUCAUCCCCAUCGCUCUGGCCAACCUGCUGGUGGUCUUCUUCUUGCCCUGGGUGCAGUUCUGGCGAAGCGGCACCCGCCUGCCUGACAACAUCGAGAAGAACUUCAGCCGUGUGGGCACGGUGGUCGUGCUUUGCGCCUUCACCCUCCUCUACGCCAGCAUCAACAUGUUCUGCUGGUCGGCCGUGCAGCUCAAGCUGGCCGACCGGGACCUCAUUGACAAGUCGCAGAACUGGGGCCGCCUGGCCACGUACUACAUGGUCCGGCUGGCAGAGAACACAGCACUCGUCGUCCUCUGGUACUUCUUCAAGACAGAUGUCUAUGAGAACAUCUGCACACCACUGCUGGUGGUGCAGCUGCUCCUCGGCUACUGCCUGGGAAUCUACUUCAUGCUCCUUUUCUUCCAGUACCUCCACCCCUGCCGCCAGCUAUUCCGGCACAAUGUUGCCGACUUCCUGCACUGUGUCUGCUGCCGCCGGCAGCUGCCGGGGACCCCUCUGCGCCUCCAGGCACCCUGUGAGCCCGGCGUGAGGCACAGCAUCGUCUGAGGCUUGGUCAGCGCCCGGCUUCUCCAGCUGGCUAUGGACAGGGGACAGACAGCCCUGGGCUGCGCUGGCAGCCAGAGGGGACCUGUGGCACAAGCCACGCCAGAGGCAAGCACUGCCUGGCCCUGCAGUGGCAGAGGGUCCCAGUGUGGCCCUGCAGUGGCAGGGGGACAGGAGCAUGCCUGCCUGCCUGGGACUAUGCACAUGGACACAACGGGCUUAUGGGGUGCGGAAACUGCCUGCUGCUGCAAGCCAGCUGCCAUGCGAUGCACAUCCCCUGGGGUGCCCCGACCCCCCCAGCCUGCCCGCUAUGGUACAUACAGGGACCUUGGGGCCACGGGUGCCAGUGGGACUGUUUUAAGCAGUAAAAAAAACUUUGCUGUGGCUGUGAA